UGUUGCAGCUUUUCGGCAGUAGGAGAGAGCAGCAACAAGUUUGUGUUAUUUAAGCGCGCAUUCCGUUGAAGAAGUUAACAGUUGCUGACCGGCACGAUAGUUGGUCAGUUCGUGGUUGAUUUUCUUUACGAAGAAUGUGUCACAGCAAGAAAGUUAAGACACCAGUUACCGCUCCGAUGGCGAAAUUUGUUGUUAUUUUGGUCGCUGUUUUUCUUUCGGCCGAAUGUGCUGCAGGACGAUAUGAAAUUAAAAAAAGUAGGGGUUCCUGUCUAAGCUACGGCCACGCCUGCUGGGGAGCCCACGGGAAAAGGAGUGGCAGCCAAGAAGCACUAGCUCAAAGAAUGGAUAACGAAGCAACAAGCGGUGACGAAGCCGCCAAAGCCGAGUGGUUUCUUUCGAAAAUUAUCAGUCCCUUGGACUUUCGAUUUUAUAGGGACGCCGCAAAUAACGAUCUGAAUGCACCUAAACCGGAAAUUGACGAUCUUUUUACGGAUAUUGACAAUGAGAACAUCAAGAGUGGCAACGAGUUGGAGAAAAUCAGGCAAAUUAUCAAAAACAACCGUUUGGCUAUGGAUAAUCCACGAAACAUUGAUGUUAUUAAGGUUCCGAAAUUUCUGGAAAAACGAUCUACAAAGCUACAGUGAAAUUACCCCAUGAUGCGGCUCUACCUAUAAUAUUUUUAGUUUUAAUGGUAUUUUGUAAAAAAAAUAAUAUAUUAAGUUUAAAAAAGCGAUAAUUUCUAAAUUAUUAUUGAAUCAUAAGAAGUUGAUUAAUAGGUAAAUAAUUAUUAUAUUUAUAAGGCUUCAUAAGCAUUUUCAAUAAAUAUGGCUGGAAUUGAGAAUGUUUAUUGUCGAAAACGUAUUUAUUGUUUAAUUAUGGAAAGUUUGGAGAAUAAACCAGUGAAAACUAUUAAUAAACAAAAUUAUGUAGCACAAAUAUUUUACUUAUUGUUCAACUUAACUGAUAUAUUAAACUGAGUAAAAAGAAAAAAUAGAACUUUAUACAA